CACGCAUCAAGUCAAGAAGGCAAUCAAGCAUCGAUCAACUUUCUAUCUAAUCUUAUCAUCGUCAUUCAAAAUAGUCACAUUAGCAGCCAAUCAUGACUUCUAAUCAACUCGAUUUUUCAAAAAAAACUGUGAUCGUCACUGGUGGUGGUGGUGGUUUAGGUAAAUGCUAUGCUCUCUUCUUUGCAUCUCGAGGCGCAAACGUGGUGGUCAACGAUAUGGGCAAACAAGCCGCCGAUCAAGUAGUUUCUGAGAUCAAAUCCAAGGGAAAAGGUAAUGCGGUUGCCAAUUAUGAUAAUGUUAUCGAAGGGCACAAGAUUGUCAAACAAGCCGUUGACGUAUUUGGCUCACUUCAUAUUCUCAUCAACAAUGCGGGUGUCUUGCGUGAUAAGUCUUUCAAGUCAAUGACGGAUCAAGAUUGGGAUACUGUUCAAGCAGUUCAUGUUCAGGGGCCUUAUGCUUGCACUAAGGCUGCCUGGCCGAUCUUCCGCAAGCAAAAGUACGGCCGAAUUGUCAAUACGGCAUCCGCUGCAGGGAUCUAUGGAAACUUUGGGCAAGCCAACUAUUCCGCCGCAAAGCUAUCUCAAGUCACCUUUGCUAAGACCUUGGCUCGCGAGGGGGCAAAAUAUAACAUUGUUGCCAAUGCCAUAGCACCGGUUGCUGCAUCUCAAAUGACAGCAACCAUUAUGCCACCAGAGAUGUUGAAAGAGCUUAAACCUGAGGCUAUCGUUCCACUCGUGGCCUUUCUAGUCUCUGACCAGACCCAAGAAAGUGGACAAAUCUUCGAGGCUGGCGCUGGAUGGUUCGGUAAACUGAGAUGGGAGAGAAGUCGGGGUGCUGUGUUCAAAACAGAUGAUACUUUCACUCCGUCAGCUGUCAUGGCUCGGUUUGACGAGAUCAACAAUUUCGAGAGGGCUGAACACCCAGAAAAUAUCACAGAUGCUAAUUAUCUCGACUUUUUAGAGCAAGCCAAACAGCUAUCAUCGAACAAGCAAUCAUCGAAGCCUCUCAGUUACUCUGGAAAGACUGUGAUAGUGACUGGAGCCGGAAAUGGACUGGGCAGAGCAUAUGCAUUGAUGUAUGGGAAGUUGGGAGCGAAUGUACUGGUGAAUGAUAUGAACAAGGAAGCGGCGGAGAAAGUAGUGGAUGAGAUUAAGAAGCUGGGUGCGAAGGCCGCGAGUAAUGUCGCGUCGGUCGAAGAUGGUGAUGUGGUGGUCAAAGCAGCUCUGGAUAAUUUUGGGGGCGUCCAUGUGAUCAUCAACAACGCCGGUAUACUAAGGGAUAAAAGUUUCAUCGCUAUGUCCGACGCUGAAUGGGAUAUCGUUCAAAAGGUUCAUCUUAGGGGCACCUACAGCGUCUGCCAUGCUGCUUGGCCGAUAUUUCUCAAACAGAAAUACGGCCGAAUCCUCAAUACUACCAGUGCAGUUGGUUUAUACGGGAACUUUGGCCAGGCAAACUACAGCACUGCCAAGGCCGGUAUUCUCGGUUUGUCAAAGACCUUGGCAAUCGAAGGCAGGAAAAACAACAUCUUUUGUAAUACGAUCGCACCGAACGCUGGGACCUCCAUGACAGCUACCAUCUGGCCAGCAGAGAUGGUACAAGCAUUCAAGCCUGAGUUUGUGGCUCCAUUGGUUGGUUAUCUUACUAGCGAGGCGAAUCAGGAAGCUACUGGCCAACUGUAUGAAGUUAGUGGUGGAUGGUGUGCUGCGGUCAGAUGGCAACGGUCCUAUGGACACUCGUUCCCAGCUGGAGCUGUCACCCCCGAAAAGCUCAUAGCCAAGUGGGAUCAAGUGACAAAGUUUGACCAAAACGCCACUUAUCCGACCUCGACGUCAGAGUCUAUCGAGCAGAUCAUGGCCAACUUUGGAGCGGAUUCCGAAUCGAGCGCUCCGCCUAGUGAAUCUGAUACUCCUCAGAUGGACGAUUACGCAGACCCGGAAGACUCAGAAGUCGUGGCUCGAGCUAAAAAGGAGACGAUUGAUCCGAUUGAACUUCCUUACACCGAACGAGAUUGUAUCUUGUACAACUUGGGUGUAGGUGCGACCGAAAAGGAAUUGAAAUAUGUGUUUGAAGGCAGUUCCGACUUUCAAGUCAUUCCUACCUAUGGAGUGAUUGCUUUCAACGAGGCCUGCAAGCAGCUGCCAUUCGAUUGGCUUCCUAACUUUAACCCGAUGAUGUUGUUACACGGUGAACAAUACCUGGCCAUCAAAACGCGUGAGAUUCCGACCUCCGGGACCUUAGUCAAUCAUGCACGAAUUCUUGAAGCAACAGAUAAGGGUAAAGCUGCGUCAGUAGUGGUCAUAGUUCAUACCUAUGAUAAGGAUAGUGGGACUUUGUUAUUUGAAAAUCAAGGAACCCUCUUCAUUCGAGGUUCAGGUGGGUUCGGAGGUAAAAAAGUAGGAAAAGACCGAGGAGCGGCAACGGCCUUGAACAAACCACCAAACCGAGCACCAGAUGCGAUUUCGAUUGCAAAGACCGAUUCAAAUCAAGCUGCAUUAUAUAGAUUGAGUGGAGAUAGUAAUCCAUUACAUAUAGAUCCAGAAUUUGCAGCGGUCGGAGGAUUCAAAUCUCCAAUCUUACAUGGACUUUGUUUUUUUGGAUUUGCAGCAAAGGCGGUAAUGGAGAAAUUUGGCAAGAUUUCCGAUGUAAAAGCAAGGUUUGUGGGGUCCGUUUACCCGGGUGAAACACUUGAGACAAUGAUGUGGAAGGAGGAUAAGAAGGUGAUCUUUGUGAUGAAAUGUAAGGAGAGAGAUUCAGUAGUAUUGGCAAGUUCAGCGGCCACCUUAUUUUAAAAACCAAAUCUUUUCGUUUCUAUUGAAAGGACUUGGAUGUAAUUUAUGAUGAUGAUCGGGAAGAUAUUUGUUGUAAUAUCUAAUCAAGAUGUGAUAUGUCAAAAUCAAAACUAUCAGUGAUCAUGUUUUUUCCUUAUUUUUAUAAUGGUGUCUUUAUUUUCAUGUUGUUGAACUGUAUUAUGAUGAUGGUUUGAUUUUACAGUUGUAUGAACAAAUCUGAAGUGCAAUGAUAAAAAGAAACAAUUGAUGUAUAGCC